AUGUCCUCAUCACCAGGUGGCGACGCGGACGCCCCUCCGAAAUCCCGCUCGCAGUCCGAACAACCCCAGAACACCGUGCAAGCAACCGAGCAACAACUCAAAGCGCGCGCCGAGGGCGUUUCAAUUGAGGACUACCUUCUCCCGCGCUCAAUAACUGUCCGACUAGCGAAGUCCGUCCUCCCGCCGAAUACAUCUGUUCAGAAGGAUGCUGUUCUCGCGAUACAGAAGGCUGCGACGGUGUUUGUUUCUUAUUUGUCUUCUCACGCCAACGAAGCAACUUUAAAACGAACAGUGACGCCUGCUGACGUGCUGGAUGCGAUAUCAGAAUUGGAACUUGAAGGGUUCAGACCGCGGCUGGAGAAAGAGUUGGACAAAUUUACGGACCUGAAGGCUGCGAAGAGGAAGCCGAGGAAGAGUGCCGAGGGGGAGACGAAAAUGGGUGAGAACGGUGAAGGUGAAGGUGAUGGUGAAAUCCAGACAGGUGCGAUUGGGGGAGGGGAGAAGAAGGAAGUUGUUGUCCGGGGUGUGAAGAGGGUGAAGAGGGACGGUGCUGGGGGUGAUGACGCCGAAGAGGAUGAUCAAGAUAAGGAUGGGGAGGAUGAGGUAGAGGAUGCUGGAGAUGGAGUGGAGGAGGAGCACGAUGAGGAUGCCACAGAGGAAGAAGAGGAAGAAGAAGAGGAGGACGAGGAAGAAGAAGCGGGUGAAAACGAUGAUAUUGACCGCGUCGAGGACAUAGACCGAGAGCGGCGCAUGAUGGACCCUGAUGCUGGCGAUGAUACCGAGAGCGACGACGAUGGGCCUGGGAGUCAGCUACGAGGUAAUAUGGGGUUGGGAUAG